AUGUCUAUAUCUAGAGCUGGUCAGCAUGGCACGAUACGAAAUAUUCGAUUAUUUUGCAGUAGUGUAAAGUUAUUGUCCAAAGAUAAAGAGAAUUUUCCAAAAGUAUCGAACAGUGUGGGAAACGCAGAUUUGCAGAGUAUACUACUCUCAAGUAAAGUAAAAGUCUCUAAGCAAGAAAUCAACAAUGUGCACAAGUCUAUUCCGAUUUCCUCUCUGGGUGGUAAAAGCAGUGCAAAUUCAGAGAAAACCCCUAAUAACAAUGGCAGAAGUAGCAACAAUAACCACGGUAACAGUAGUUCAUCUUCUGCUCAAAAGUACCAACAAGAGAUCAUUAAUUCCAAGUUUAUUCCUGCUGAAAUAAGGCAAGCAUUAACAUCACAAUCUAAAGAUACUUCUAAACCGAAAAGAGGAAUAAAAUCACGUAAAACUGGUGCAGCUGCUUCUAAGAAAGAAAAGAAGGCUGCUGUGAAACCAGUUCGUGGAACAAUAUCAGUUCAGAAUAAUGACGUAGAACAAGUAAAGGCUCCAGAUGUAGAUAAGAUUGCUAAGCUUGCACACAAUUUGGAUAGAACGUUGUUCUCUCCAGGAGUUCAUUUCUUGCAGGAUCCUAGAACUAGAGUGUUCAACUUUCUGCCGAACUUGAAAAAGAUCAUUAAGUUGGAAAACUUUGACCCCGAUGCUUUACUGGGGUUUGUAUCGCCAUCUAAGGAUUCUAGGUUAUUUGAGGAGGCACAGGGACAAAAUAAGAUGUUUAUGUCAUCUACUUCUUCAAUGACCAGUGUAUUAACGCAGUUUUACAUGCUAUUGAACAAUUACAACCCAAAGGACAAAAGAAGAUUUGACUUCAGCCCAUUUUUCCAACUCACUUUGAAGACUCCAGCUUCGGUGAUAGUUCAAUAUAAAGGGCUCGACAACAAUGGGGAACCUAUUUAUUCGAUUGAAUCAGACAAACUGACAGAUCAAGAGAUUGUAUUACUGGCUAUGGGCCAUGUCUUGGAAGCCCUAUUGACGAAUAGCGAAGAGGAUUUUGCGAAAUUUAAGAAAGACGGAAAGGAUGACAAGAAAUCGAAAGAUGAAGUCGACUCUAGCACAGACAACAUAUAUAACUAUGCCUCAUAUGGUAAGUUCCUAAUGAGAUCUCAGUUGGAUUGCUUUGACGAGAGAUUACCAGGUAACGGUACCUUUGAUUUGAAAACCAGAGCGGUCUGUGCGAUAAGGUAUGACCAGGCAAACAAAGAUUUGAAUAACAAUACCUACCAAAUCUGGAAGCUUAGGGGAAAGUUUGAGUCAUUCCAGAGAGAAUAUGAUGAUCUCAUAAGGACGUCGGCAUUAAUGAAAUAUGGCCUUCAAGCUAGAAUUGGGCAAAUGGAUGGGAUAUUUCUUGCAUACCAUAAUAUAAAUUCCUUCUUUGGAUUUGAAUAUUUACCCUUGGAAGAUAUUGACAAGGUGUUCUAUUCCCACCAGCGUAAAUCUAUUGAUCCAGAUAUUGAAGACAUUAAGACAUUGACUGAUGUGAAGGACAGUUUGCCAAGCUAUGUUGCCAAUACGCAAUUCAAGCAAUCACUUCAAUUAUGGGAGACAAUGUUAACAUCAAUCAUUAAAGAUAUUACCAAGGGUGGUGAGAAUGAAAAGAUUUCUUUCAGAUUGGUGGUCAAAGCUCAAUUACUGGGCGAUGAUAUCGUUGAAGCUCCUUACAAAUAUACCAACGUUGGAAACUACGCUAGGCUCAAUAUCAUGGCGGUCCCAUUGGAAGAAAAAGAAGUUGAAAUGCUUCAAAGCUUACCAAAGGCAUUCAAAACAAGCUUUAAAGAUGAUAUCCCUGCGGAAGAGAAGCUUGAGCAAUUAAAGGAACACAGAAAUAAGGUAAUAGAGUUUAGUAACACAUCAUCCAGGUACGGGGUUUUCAAUUAUAGGAUGACAACAAGGAAUCUAAUAGACGGAAAGAAGGCCAGCUACCCAGAUUCAGAGAACCAAUCGUGGGAUCUCAUGUAUUCUUUCGAAAAGUUGGAUACAAACGCUCAAGAGUAUCGAAGAUUGAUGAGACUUAGGGCUCAACAGUUGGUAAUCAAUUUCGAAAGGGCACUAAAUGAAGGGUUAAUCGAAGAUAUCGAAGGCGAAGAAAUCGUGGAAGAGGCUGAAGUCGAAGUGGAAGAAGACGAUGAGCUUUUUGAUGAAGGCGAGGGGGUAGAAAGACCAGCAGGAACGAGAACCACGCCUGACAGCGAGAAAGCAGUAUUCCUGCCAGUACACAAAAGUGACAAUACUACAAUCGAUGAGACCAUUGAAUGCAAUGUGAAGAAUGACAUGAGAGUUUACUCUGCGAUCGGUAAAGUCAGAUCCAAAAAAUGGGAAUCGCUUGAAUACCCUCCGAAGCUCUACAAGCCAAGGGACAUAUAA